ACUGCCGAGAGAGAAGAGGGAGGGUGUGAGAGAGAAAGAGAAAGAAGUGAAGCCAGAGAGCUCAGCACAGCCAGCAUGGCGAGCCAAAGGGACUUCACACACAGAAAAACAUGGAUUAAUGUCCUUCUGCGACUCCUACAGCUGUUAUUGCCGUACAUUCAACACGGAGGAGCUCAGUUUCAAGCUCUGACUCAGAUGUCCAGCGUGGUUGAAGUUUGGCAGGCUGAGGACGCAGACUUCUUCAUGCCAUCGCAGGCAGAGGAGCAGCACAGUGAGAAUGUUCCUCGAGAGGAGAGCUCCUCGUUUUAUGUACAGGAGAGUGGGAGACAGCUCCUGUUUCAGCCGCCCACGCUGGAUUUUGGACCACAGCCGGUGGGGCUGCCAAGAGCUGAAACAGUAUAUAUCCACAAUCCCAGCCCAGAGCUCCCAGUCUCUCUGCUCUCUGUGUUUACAUCCAGCAGACAUUUUCACAUGCCUUCCUUCCACAGAAGGGUAAUUCCACCCAGAGGGAGAACAUCUUUUAAAAUCAUUUUCCUCCCCACAGUGGAGGGCAAUGAAGAAAUCUCUUUAUUUAUUAACACAUCAACCCAUGGGGUGAUAUCAUACCAGGUUUUUGGGGUUGGAGUCCAUGGGGGAUCAGUCAAGGACGUCCAUAGAAAAGAUAGCGUUCUGAUAUUUCCCCACAUACAGAGCAUUAAUCUAACACAAACUCAGGAAGAUGCUUCUAAUAUAACAAUUUUAGGUCUGCUGCUUGAUUGCAGUUUACCAAAAAUGUUCUAUAAUCAGCCCCAGGGUUGGUGUUUAGUAUCUGAGGAGGGCAGAAUUGCACUUCAGAUCAGUCUUUCUGAAAGAGGGGAAAGGCCAACCCACCUGGACAAACUCAAGCCAUACGUGCUAGAGAAUAUUGUGGUGUUACUGGUCCUCCCAACACCAGAAGAUGCUGUCUCAGAUCCCAGAAUAGGAGUGUUCAUGUUGAACUCAGGGGUUAUAAAGCUCUUUGUUAAGGAGAUCCAGCUCUUGCCAAGAACAGACAGCAGUGUAGAACUCACUGAAGUGCUGCUCAAUCCUUCCGCUACUAAUUUCACUCAAGUGGCUUCACUCUUCUGUAGACGCUCUUUGUCAGCUAAAAGUAAAAGGUGUCAAAGUCAGUACGCCCUGCAGAUUUUAGCAAACAGAACAGUGAAUUCAUAUCCACUGCUGGAAGGCACACACAGAUGGUCCAACUCUGAGCUAAGUUCUUUAGUUCAGAUCAGACAGAAGCAGAGGGGCUCAGAGCAUGUUGAGCUCUGGCUGUCCAACCCCUUCCCCUUCACCUUCAGAAUCACUAACAUUUCCCUUUCCCAACAUAGACUUUUUAAGAUUGUAAAUUUGACAAAGGCCCUGGAAGUGAGCCCUGGAAGCUGGAAGCUUCUGUCUCUUCAACUACUCAGCAAAUCUUUACCCACAAACCUCAAAACUACAAUUACCUUGACAACCAAUGUGGGGAUUCCAAUGGAGCUUCACCUCCAAACAUAUUCUUCUGCCUCAAAGCAGGGAGAUGUUAUUUUUGAGUCUUUUGAGGAAUGUGAACGGCUCUGUCCUCUCCGUUUGUCCAGAGCAGGACGUGUUGAGUGGCAGCAGUCGCUUCUCCCAGAAUCCUCCUCAUCACUCUGGAGAGUGGACAGUAGUCUGGCCUCUUCACUCUGUAGCCGGUGGCACUGUAGCAAAGAGCUUUCUUGCAGGUGGCCCAGACUUCCUGCAGACCACUCUGCACCCCUGGACUUUGGGGCCACACCUGUCAAUGAUAGUAAGGUGAAGAAUUUCACUCUGAAAAACCCGACGGGUUCAGUGGUGUCUGUGGAGAUCCGAACCCUCUCCUCAUACCCAGUUCCGCUCGAAGCCCUCGACAUGUUAACCAAAUGGUUUAAUAUUAGCCCACUGUCUGUGAAUAUCACUACAACAGAGUUUCUUCUGUUGGCUGCUAAUCACAAGGAAAGUGAGAGAGGCAAUGUGUUGAGGUUCCUCCUUCAGCCGUGGGAGUCGAGGACGGUUUCUGUGGCGUACCAACCUACAGAACAUAAACAUGUUACCUCACUGCUCCUCAUUAGGAACAACCUGACCGUGUUUGACAUGGUUCUGGUUAAAGGAUUUGGGGCAAAGGAGCUCCUGAGAGUAGGAGGGAAGCUCCCCGGGCCUUCAGCCUCACUGCGCUUCAAUGUGCCCCAGUCAACCCUCAUGGAGUGCAGAGAUGGUUUACGAUCAAGUAAGCCCUUGUUUGCCAUCCAGAAAAGCUUUAAAGUGGAGAAUGCAGGCGAGUUGCCUCUGACUAUAGUAUCCAUGAACAUCAAUGGAUAUAAAUGUCAAGGUUAUGGCUUUGAGGUGCAACACUGCAAAUCUUUUAAAGUGGACUACAACUCGUCCUCAGAAAUCACAAUUGCAUUUACUCCAGACUUCACAUCUUCGUGGGUGAUCAGAGACUUGACCCUAGUGACAGAACGUGGCUCCCUUUUCCACUUCACCCUAAAUGUGACUCUUCCUCACCACAUGCUGCCCCUCUGUGCUCAGGUGGUGCCAGGACCCAGCUGGGAGGAGUCCUUCUGGGUCAUCACACUGGUCUUCACCUGUUCCUCUCUAGCUGGUGUGUGUCUGAUGGCUUUCCAUCAAGCUCAGCACAUUCUAAGCGAGUUCUCCACACCAAGUCCACGUAGCAAUCACAACUCUGUACCUCGUGAAAAUAGCAGUGUCAACCACAGCUCCUCAAAUGGUGUCAGUAGAGGAAAAGGCAGUUGUAAGAACUACACUGACACAAGUCAUCCCUCCGACAAAGGCAAAGGGAGAGGAUCUCCAGCCGUAGCCAAUGGGACAAUUCGGUCACAGUCCUCAUCCAAGAAAACUCCUGGAAGUUCUUCCCAGCCUCCAAAGAAGCAAACUAAGGUGUCGUUCCUAUACAGUAGAUAUAAAAAUAGCACUGCAACUGCCGCCGCUAGUGUUCCUGCUUCCUCAGACUUUUGCAGCCCUCCCAACGAUGAAGAUAGAGAUCACACCUUUGAGUUAGACCCAGAAGUUUGUAAUAACAACAACAAUAACAAUGACAUAUUAGAUGAAACCAUUCUCCCUGCUGAGAAGAAAGAGCACUUUAGAGAAUCUAGAGAGGAAAAGGCAUUGCCAGCUGAUAUGUUUCCUAUGGAAACACUUCCUGCAUUACCUGAAAACAUCACAGCAAGCAGAAUCCCUCAGCCUGCAGAAGAAGCAGUGGAAAAUGAGGAGUGUAAAAGAAAAAAUAAUGCAGAAAAAAGGGAUCAUGUAGAUGAAGAGAAGACAGAAAGAGGCUGCAGUCAGAAGAAGAGACCAGAGAAAGAUGCAGAACUUGGAGUGUCAGCCAUCAACACCAAAGCAAAGAAAAACACAGGCAGGAGUCGCAGGAAGGCAGUUGAGCUCAUUCCUGGGCUUCCUGAAAACAGCGUUGUCAUGGUGACAGAGAGUGAGAGAGAAUCUCAACGUAAUGCUGCUAGAACCCGCAACGCGAAACCUGAACUACCUAAAAUAGGAGCCAACCCAGACAGCCCUCUCAAACACAGUGGCACGUGUUUGAGCAGACCUAGGCGUAAAUGUCCAGAGCGACGUCUGCAGUGGGAGUCAGGCUCUGAUUCAAGCAGCUCAUCAGGCAGUGUGAGAGCCAGCCGAGGGUCCUGGGGCAGCUGGAGCAGCGCCAGCAGCAUAGAGGGAGAAAAAGACACACACAGACAUCCCUGCAGAAGAGACAACAUUCAGUACAACCCAUAUCCAAAAGAUCGGGAAUGUUACAUGAACAUGAACUAUACUUACAAAACUCAAAGCAUGAACAAUCUAUAUGUCAGGGAGCCAUGCCAAAGCCCAGAAGUCUGUCCUGCCCCUGCACUCCCUCACACCUUCGCUGAUGUAGCCGCAGGUGUGGACAAAAACAUUGACAUAAUCGGCUCUAAUGUGAUUGAAGAGACGUGGUCACCCGCCUCAGUUCCACUGACCAAUGAAUUCAGGUACAACAUGACCGAAUCCCUCCCGUUCGUCCCUCAGAAUCCCUCAUCAGGAUAUGAAAGCUUCCCUUGGAACAAUAUGAACAGCCAAUGUGCCACUCAGUAUCCCUACAGUAAUCAGUCCAACUAUAUGCCAACAGGUAAUGGCAAUUACCAAAAUGCAUUCUCAUGCCAUGAAAGCCAAACCAUGACCCACAGCCAUCAGCCAGUUUGGGGUGAGAAUGGAACACAUGACAUAAACUCCACAUGGGACACUGGCAGUGUGGGCAGCAAGCCAUACUUUUCAGGAACCAGAAGUCUGUCCCCUAUGUCCAGUCUAUUUGGCUCUAUCUGGACACCUCAAAGCGAGCCUUACCAGAGUCACUUCCACCCAGAGCGUUCCGCUCCUGUCUCGCCCCACUCGCCCAUCUCACCCGUCGCACCCUUCAGUCGUGAACCAGGUGGCGCCUGCCCAGGAAAACAAUACUCCAGCUUCAAUCCCUUUGGACCACACAUGAAUUUGGACAUAUGGAACUCCUCUUCAAACCGGAGCUCCAACUCUCAGCUCUCCAACGAUUCAGGCUACUGUGGGGAUAUGUGAGCAAAUGGUGCUUUUGAAUAAUAAGGAAAAAAAGAAUGUGCUUUUAUCUCUAACGGGGGAAAAAUGUGAAUAACCUUCUUUCUUUUAUGUUUGUUGUUGUGGUAAGGUUCAGCAUUUUGUUGUAUAUUUUUCUAGAUGUUUUGCAAGUUUGACCAAUGAAAAUAAAAAAAAAA